UUCAAGUGUGUUUUUUCUAUUGGUAUGGUCCUUCUCUCCGUUACCAUCACAACCUUCUUCUUAAGUACAAAUAUGACAACGAGGCCUGAAGCUCGGGAAUAAGCCUGAAAGCCUCCAUCCCAACAACCGCGUGGAGCGAUUGAGAGACGCAAGAAAACACAAAAUUAAAGGGGAAAAAUGGGGAUAGUGGAAGAAGCUCACAACGUGAAAGUUUUGGGAUCUGGCAAACGUUGCAUAGUUCUGGCUCACGGCUUUGGCACCGACCAAUCGGUGUGGAAACACCUCGUGCCCCAUCUCCUCGACGAGUUUCGCGUCAUAGUGUACGACAACAUGGGAGCUGGCACCACCAACCCCGAUUACUUCGAUUUUGAACGAUACUCAACCUUGGAUGGCUAUGCCUACGACUUGCUUGCUAUAUUAGAAGAGCUUCGAGUUGAUUCAUGUAUCUUUGUCGGUCAUUCCGUGUCUGCUAUGAUCGGUACCGUUGCUUCUGUUUCUCGACCCGAUCUAUUCACCAAGAUCAUCAUGAUCUCCGCUUCCCCUAGGUAUCUGAAUGACACGGAAUAUUUUGGAGGGUUUGAGCAUGAAGAUCUGGACCAACUAUUCAACGCAAUGGCGGCGAAUUACAAGGCAUGGUGCUCAGGCUUCGCUCCAAUGGCCGUUGGCGGUGACAUGGACUCCGUGGCGGUGCAGGAAUUCAGCCGAACCUUGUUCAACAUGCGCCCCGACAUUGCCCUAAGCGUGUUGCAGACCAUUUUCCACAGCGACAUGCGCCAAAUCCUUAACCUCGUCACUGUCCCAUGCCACAUCAUCCAAAGCAUGAAGGACCUCGCCGUGCCUGUCGUGGUCGCCGAGUACCUCCACCAACACCUCCGCAGCCACUCCGUCGUCGAGGUCAUGCCCACGGAGGGUCAUUUGCCGCAACUAAGCUCGCCGGACAUCGUCAUUCCUGUCAUCCUCAAACACAUUUGUCUUGACAUUACGUCUAAACACUAACAAAGACUAGUAACAACGUGUUUUAAUUUCUAACACUCUUUUAGGGCUAAAUUUGCAGUAGUCUAUAAGUAUUAUUAAUAUUGUUAGAAAUUUAAUUUCAUUUUCAUAAUGUGGGUAAAUUUAUAUUGAUGGUAUUGAUAAUUGCAUUGAAUGUAUAAUUUGUAUGUUAUUAAAUUAAAAUUUUAAUUUUAACCAAAAAUACUAGUACCAACAGUAUUUAUGUUAGUUAGUGUACUUA